CACUGAGUCUCUCAGUCACUUUAAAGCGAGACAAAUUAACGAUCUGCAAACCACAGGCUCUCGUAUUUGCUAUUAAGAAAGUUUCUAUAGUGUACUUUUUGCGAGUCAGAGCUGAAAGGCAGCGGAUCAUGAUGGACUACAUGACGGACAAGUUCCCGCUAAAGUGUGAAGCAGGAAAAGGGACCGACUUUUACCUGGAACCACUCAUGGAUCCCUUAGAGAGCAUGCAGUACUACAGCAAGAGCUCCAGUAAGAGCGGUCAGCACUACACACUGCAAAACACCGAGCACCACAGCAUUCUGGAUCGAUCCUCUCCCUGUGACAACACAGCCUCUGCAGCUCCUCAUUACUGCAGCGGGAAGGCGGAUGACGGCGGCGGACACACGGAGCUCACAGGGCCGCUGGAGGAGCGCUGCGGUGUGAGGACAUCACCGGGGACAACACCUCAGGACAAAACAGACUUGGAUGACAUUGGCGAAAAGUGUGACAGUAACGUGUCCAGCAGCAAAAAAAGACGCCACCGGACCACGUUUACGAGCUCCCAGCUCGAGGAGUUGGAGAAAGUCUUCCAAAAAACUCAUUAUCCAGAUGUGUAUGUAAGAGAACAGCUGGCCAUGCGCACCGAGCUCACCGAGGCCAGAGUGCAGGUGUGGUUUCAAAACAGAAGGGCGAAGUGGAGAAAGAGGGAGCGCUAUGGACAGAUCCAGCAGGCUAAAAGUCAUUUCGCAGCCACAUAUGACAUUUCAGUGUUGCCCAGGACAGACAGCUACUCACAGAUACCCAAUAACUUGUGGCCGGCUCCUACACCGGGUGGCUCAGUGGUUUCCUCCUGCAUGCUCCCGCGUGGUUCUCCACCAUGUGUACCAUCGCCAUACCCCCACUCCCCGCGAGCCCCUGAACACAAUUACAUUAGCUUCCCUAACCACCAGCAGAACCAGUUUGGUGUUAAUCCUGUCUCCCUCAACAACUUCUUCACUGAUUCACUUUUAGCCCCAGCACCAAACGGGCAUGCAGCCUUUGAGAGCAAACCUGAGUUUGAGAGGCGGUCAUCAAGCAUCGCUGUCCUCAGAAUGAAAGCCAAAGAACACACAGCCAACAUCUCAUGGGCCAUGUGAUCCCUGUGUGCUCAGACUCUUCCCUUUAAACAGUAUUAAAUAACUUUAAUAAAUUGAUAAAGAUAUUGAUAUGGACGUUUUUGUUGUUUUUUUAACCAAGAAGGACUUCCUGCUCGUUGAAUUGAUCAUUAACCUAAAAGGUUCUAUUGAGGAGCUUCAGUUUGAGCCAGCAUCAAUUAUCAGUAUUACUUUCAACAACUUGACAAUACAAAACUUGAUUUACAUAUUCUGCGUAAAUGAAUGUAUGUGUUAUGAAUGUCGACCAACCUUAGCAAUAGUGUGCCUUAUGUAUGAUGCACUUAUGGUGAUGUGAAAACAGUAACACAGGGAGCUUUACUACACUUUGUACUCAGGACCUGAAGUGGACAAGAUGUCCUUUAGAUGCUUACACAAGUCACAUGUCUGUGUGCCUUAAAACAAAGAUGUGUAAAAUUCAGAAAUGUGCUUGGCUGUUGUUUUGCCACAAUCAGAGGGGCUCAUUGCACUCUGCAGGGAUUGUAUUUCAAUAAAUGUGUUUGGAGAUUCCACAAAGAAGUAUUGUGAUUUAUAUACUGUAUCAUAUCCUAUUU